ACUUCGCCUCAGGUUAGCCUAAUGCUCUUCCGGGUCAGCGGGAGUGUGGCUGUUAGUCGGCCUCCGAUAGGUUGUUUGUUUUCAACGAGGGAAAAUGGAGCUCCGGGCAGAACUGACGAGCCGGGACGGGGUGAAGAGCCCGCUGCGAGUUUCUUGCCAGCCUCAAGGAAACCUGCGGGGCCUGCUGAACGGCCUGGUCCGGCUGAGAGAACAGGUGUCGGCGUUGCUCGAUCCUUUGGUGCAACAGGAGAGCAGCGGCGCUGCUGCCGCCAUCGGUGACCAGAGUCGGGCUGGAGGUGAGGGAGAAAGAGAUGAGGAGGAUAUAGAUGAAGAGGAUGAAGAUGAGGAAGAAAAUCAUAUUAAUGCCAAAGCACGUCCUGACGGGCCACCAUUAAAACGGACAAAAACUCACUCCUGAUAAGAACUGUACAUGGAAUUUGCUAAGAAUCGCUGGAAUACUUCUGUACUAUUUUGAUAACUAGAAAAAAGUCCUUUUAAUAUUUACUAUUAACAAAAUUCUCACAUAUAUUAUGUGCUUAUACAGUGUAAUAUGAUUUGAAAUGUGUAAAUAACUAAAAUGUUAUGUAUGCAAGAGUGGACAUGCAGUUUCAGAUGUUAAAUAUGUCGGCAUAUUUAACAAAAAAUAAUAGUUUUAAACACUUCUCAGCUUUAGGGUUUUGUAAUAAGCACCUCAAGUGAACUCUUAACAAGUAAUUGCGGUGAAGUAAUGGAUACAAAAAUUAACCUCUUUGCUUAAAUGCAGUUGUUUCCAUCUGGAGUUUGUUACAUGUACGCAGAGGCUUGUGUGUGUAUAAUGAAGCUUUCUUUGUUACUUUCCCAGCCCUAUAUUUUUAAUUUAACAGCUACAGAGAGUGUAAACCCCCCCUUUUUUGUACUGUGGUAUGAGUCACAAAAUCUUACUGCGGAUAAAAAUCUGGAAUUUGCCAUUUAUUAAAUCAUUUUUAUCCAACCUUUCUUGCUAUACAUAGCAAACUCAAGGCAGCUUACAAAUCAACUAAAACUGGCAGACGAAGUGAUUCAAAACCAUCAACUUCACACAGCGAAAACUGUCACCAACAAGCCAACGUUUUCCUUGACCAACUUAAUCAAUUGCUUCUUCAGACAAAGAACUGGGACUGGUUGCAAAAUGGACUCUGGCUUAGUUAACAAGAGAAUUGCCUGAACAGUAUUGUUGGUGAAAGGCAUUUAUACCAAUGUCUAAAUCAUGUUUGCAUUCUUGUGUUCCAUUAAGCUCAGAGGAACAAGUAUAAGAUUGUCCCUGUUUAUUGCUAGAACCCUGUAUGUUACACAAGGUCACAGUCCUGUACAGCUCUAUGUGGAAGUAAGUCCCAUGUUAAUCAAUAGGUCUUACUCCCAGGAAAGUGUCCUUAGGAUUGUAACCUCAGUGGCCUCUCUUUUUAAGUAAACGUUGAAGUUUAUCACUUCUAAUUGUACCAUGUAUGUAUAAAACGUAUCAAAGUAAAACUUCAAAGCUAAGUUAA